GCGCACACGCACCGGGGGAAACGGCAGGUUCCGGUCGCGCCCGGGCCGAACCGCGGGGUGUGAGCCGCGCGGGCCGCCGUAGUCAGCUGCCGCGAGCAGGAAGUGUCCGAAGGCGGGCGGAGACAGCGCGAUGGCCCCGGACCCCUGGUUCUCCACGUACGACGCCACCUGCCAAAUUGCACAAGACAUCGCCGAGAAAAUCCAACAGCAAAAUCAGCAUGGAAGAAGUGGUGAAAAUACAAUCAGGCUGACCGUGACAAUCAGAGCUUUGUUGCAGAGUCUGAAGGAAAAGAUCGCCCUUUUGAAGGACUUAUUGCUAAGAGCUGUGUCAACACAUCAGAUAACACAGCUUGAAGGAGACCGGAGACAGAACCUUCUGGAUGAACUCAUAACCCGGGAGAGGCUUCUUCUGGCAUCCUUUAAGAACGAGGGGGCAGAGCCCGAUCUCAUCAGGUCCAGCCUGAUGACUGGAGGGGCUAAGCGAGGAGUACCCAACCCUUGGCUCUUCGAGGAGCCAGAGGAGACCAGAGGCCUGGGUUUUGAUGAAAUCCGGCAACAGCAGCAGAAAAUUAUCCAAGAACAGGAUGCAGGCCUCGAUGCCCUGUCCUCCAUCAUAAGUCGCCAGAAACAGAUGGGAAAGGAGAUUGGGAAUGAACUAGAUGAACAAAAUGAGAUAAUUGAUGACCUCGCCAACCUGGUGGAGAACACAGACGGGAAACUCCGCACGGAGACCAGGCGUAUGAACAUAGUGGACAGAAAGUCAACGUCUUGCGUUAUUUCCUUUCUAUCUCUUUGUGAAAGGAAGAACCGUGAGAAGUUAUCUGUGAAAAAAGCGACAAACAGAAAGGACCGUUGGCCACCCUCUGCACUCUUAGAGAUUGGAAGGUAAAACUGAAGAGACCUUCCAGAAGUUAGAACCAAAGACAAGGGAGGAUAUAUUAAUUAGAGGCUUAGUCAAGAUCCAAAUGAUAGGAAUGUCACAAUGAGAAAAUAGGAGCAAGGAAAUUUUCAAAGAGAAGAAUGCAAGAAAUUUCCCCAAAACUGAGGAACAGGAGUGACCAUAUUGAAAGAAUCCACUAGGUUCCCAGCUUAAUAAAUGGAAAAAAGACCCAUGUCAAGGCACAGAGUAAUGAAAUUUCAAAACCUAUAGAUAAAGAGAAAUUCCUGUAACUUCUCAGAGUAAAUGGAAGGGGGCACAGGGUGGUGGUGGGAGGAUCUGAAAUCAGAAAGGCAUCCAGUAUCUCAUCAAAAACACUGGAGGGCAGUGACGUAUUGCAGCAAGCUCCUGGCAGAUGUACUUUCCCUAAUGAGAAAGUUAACUCUAAAAAGGAGAUAUCUGAUGCCAUAAGUGAAGGAGAAAAGUAAGGAGAAUACCCUGGAUGAUAGCAGUGGGAAGACCCAGGUCUGUGCAACAGACCAAGAGACUCACCAUUCAAGAACAGAUCUAGAAGUCAGGGGGAAAAUAGAAUGAUAUGUUUUCCUAGAUGAUAAAAGUGCCCUUAGGGGUGCCUGGGUGGCUCAGUCAGUUAAGCGUCCAACUUUUGAUCUCAGCUCGGGUCAUGAUGUCAUGGUUCAUGAGAUUGAACCCAGUGUUGGGUUCUGUGCUCAUAGCAUGGAGCCUACUUGGGAUUCUCUCUCUCCCUCUCUCUUUGCCCCUCCCUGCUCAUGCACAUGCUCUCUCUCUCUCAAAAUAAAUGAAUAAACUUUAAAAAAAGAAGAAGAAAAAUGCACUGAGAGGCUGCUGGAGAGUAGGCGAUUUGGUAGCAGGGAAUCGAAGCAAUUGAAAAAGAAAGGCAAUUAUUAACUACAGGAAAAUGAAAAGUAAUACCAAAAAAAGGAAACAUAGUUAUAAUGUAUUACUUAAGAGUGAAUGUGUACAUAGCCAUAAUAAUUUAGACAUUUGCUGUUAAAAUAACCUAAAUAUAUAAGUAUACAGAAGAUGGGAAAGAGAAGAAGUGAAAUGUAAGAGAGCUAAAGCCUACAAUGAAGGAAGAAAUGACUAUGUAAUAUCUAAAACUGAUAGAAUUUAGAGAUUAUAGUCUAAGCAUAUUAUUUUAAAUGGUGGAGACUAAAAAUAAAUUUUGGGAACUAAUGAUGGAGUAGUCAGAAGGGGGAGGCAGAAAUUGCCCUUUUUUAAAUAAACCUUUUUAGAAUUACUUGAAUUUUUAAGUUUGUGGCAUAAAUCAUUUUGAUGUAAUCAUUUUCUUUAAUAUUGAGAUCUUCGUAUGUUCUGUUAUAUUGAGGGAUAAGCUUCUAAAUAGCAAACAAAUCUGUUAAUUAAAAAUACAGAGUUUAUUAAGUAGAAAAAAUUCAAGUAACUUUUGAAUAGAUUUCUUUGUAUACCUUUAGUUGCACAUAUUCCCAAAAUGAUAAGCUGCAGAAAUCUCAGACUCUAAGUAGGUUUGUCAUUGGGCACUAGUGGUAUUUGUAGAGUAAUUCUGAACCUAUUUUGUGUGCCUAGUAGAAGAGAAUGAGUAAAUAAAUAUAUUGGUGUACUUAGUAACCAGCGUGAUGCAAAUACCAAAUGGGGGAAGUAAGAACGAACUCUGUGGUGUUAGAUUGGAAUUAUAAGUAUCAUUGUGGACUCAUGAUUGAAAAGUAAUAAAUAUCCUGCUUUUAAUCAGUGAAAGAGCCUCGAAGCAAUGAUAUUCCAGUAGCAGUGAGCAUAAUUAGUGCCCAGAUCUUGGUUUCCAAAUAGUGUUUGCCACGAAGAGGAACCAAACUCCUUGCAGCAACAGCUAAUUCUAGGCUAGGGGAGAGAAAUAUAAGACAACCCUACAAUAUCUCAUGGCAGAAGUUAAGGAAAUGCACAAACUAUGAUGAAGGCAUUUCAAAAGUAUAUAGGAGCUGCAUUAAAGGAACUCCCCGUGGUCAAAUUUGGAGCAAUUGAAGCAAUAAAAAUAAUGAUGAUGGUAAUAAACACUGGAUUUUUUAAAAACGCAUUCAUAAGUUCACAUCAAUAGUAAAAAAAAAAAGGCAGAGGUGAGCCUGGGGAGAGGGUCUUCUUGCCAGCUAAUAAAUGUAGGAGAGGGGCAUCUGGGUGGUUCCGUUGGUUAAGCGUCCAACUUCAGCUCAGGUCAUGAUCUCAUGGUUGGUGGGUUCGAGCCCUGCAUCGGGCUCUGUGCUGACAGCUCAGAGCCUGGAGCCUGCUUUGGAUUCUGUGUCUCCCUCUCUCUCUGCCCCUCUCCCACUCACGCUUUCUCUCUCUCUCAAAAUAAAUAAAUAAACUUUAAAAAAAAGUAGGAGAAUGAUAAAAUUAUGAAAUCACCAUUUUGCAAAUGCCAGUGUAAUUGUUUCAGAAUCAUCAGUGGAUGCUGAACCAACCGGUGAAAGGUGAUGGGAAAUAGGAUAUUCAGUCUCAAAUUAUGACCCCACAGAUUAUUUAUUAGUUGUAAAGGAGGAAAGAGACUUGAACAUCACCGGUAUUAGAGACAAGCUAGCCUUACACAGCUCCAAAUGCGACACAGCAGGAAGUAAAUGCAUCGUAUUUACGUCAAAUUGUUAACUCAGGUCUGAUCAAGAGAAAUAAUGAGAGUGGUGUAGAUUGUCCUCGGCCCUUUGAAAGUGUCAUUGCCAUGGAAGAAAGAGAAAGAUGGGAUAACUGUUGUAGAUUAAAGGAGACAGAAGAGGGGCACCUGGGUGGCUCAAUUGGUUCAGUGUCCGACUUUGGCUCAGGUCAUGAUCUCAUAGUUCAUGGGUUUGAGCCCCAUGUUGGGCUGUGUGCUGACAGCUCGGAGCCUGGAGCCUGCUUAGGAUUCUGUGUCUCCCUCUUUCUCUCUGCCUCUCCCCCACUUGUGCAUGCUUUCUCUCUCUCUCUCUCUCUCUCUCAAAAAUAAAUAAACAUUAAAAAAAAAUAAAGGAGACAGAAGAUGCACCUUGUGAUUUUGAUUAGGUUCUGGAUCAAAAACACACAUCUGAGAGAACAUUAUUGGGAUCUCAAGGGGGAUUUAAACGUGGACUGUGUAUUAGGUAAAGUCAUUGCAUCGAUGUUAAAAGUUUUGGUUGUAACAUUGGUUUUAUGCUUUGUUGGAGAAUUUUCCUUGUUCUUGAAACAUGCAUGCUGAAGCUUUGGGGAAUGAAGGGUUAUGUGUUUGGGGCUUGCUUUCCAAAGUCUCAGCAAAACACACACACGCAUAAUACAAAAACACAGAAAACAGAUCCGCUAAGUAUGGUUUCAUUAUUAGGUAAUGAUAUAUAACAGUUAUUCACCAGUGUUACUUGGUCAGUCUCAGUGAGGGCUACACAGAUUUUAAUUCUUUCAAAAUUACCACAUUGGGGAGGGGAGGGAAAAUAUAAACAGUGAAGUUUCCCAUGGAUUUCUGUCUUUGUUCACAUUAAAAAAAUUUUUUUUAAUAUUUAAUUUUGAGAGAGAGAGGGGGAGAGAGAAUGUGAGUGGGGAGGGGCAGAGAGAGAGGGAGACACAGAAUCCGAAGCAGGCUCCAGGGUCGAGCUGCCAAACAGAGCCCAAUGCGGGGCUCGAACCCACAAGCCGUGAGAUCAUGACUUGAACCGGAGUCGGACGCUUAACCAACGGAACCACCCAGGCGCCCCUUAGUUCACAUUCUGAUAUGUUGUCUGAGGAAGGAAUGAGCACCUGGUGAAGUUCUAGGUGUGCCACGUGUAUGCCCUUUCAGAUUGGGCUUAAACUGUAGUAGGACCUCUAGAGAUGACUCCACUUUAGUGUGAGCGAGGUGAGACAUUAGGCAAACUUUGUAGAUGCUGCUCAUAUAGGGUGGAAAGGCUCCAGCUACUCAGGAAGGCAACACCAGUCUCACUGCAGGCUUGUCCCUGAAGACCUUGGCCAUCAAGAAGGCAAGGUGCAAACCCUAAGCAUUGUCUACCCAGACAGUGAGCUUAAUGGGCUCCCUCAGGGGGAAUUCUUUAUGAAC